AUGGCUCAGCUUAGCAUUGUGAAGAAGGCAUCAGUUCUCGUUGUGGUGGCACUUUCCGCCGUAGCAACCGUGUCAGCUCAGGCGAUGGCUCCGGCACCUUCUCCUAACGCCGGAGCGGCAUUCUCUCUUCCGGCUUCAGACCAACUACGCAGCAUGGUCGAUAAAGAUGAAGAUCUACAUGAAAUCCCAAGAGGCGUGGCAUGCCAUCGAACCAAAGAACCCACAAAAUUUGGUACGUGUGAAGAAAGACAAUAUGAUAAUGGUUGCCAUCUAUCAAGCAAUUCGAGAGGAAGUAUUGUUGACAAUAUCGGAGAGGCAAUCAGAAAGGAAACUUGGGACACACUCAAUUGA